AUGGGUUUCAGUCCGCCUUUCACCGUCACUCCGGUGCUCAGGGAAGCAGCCGAGUUGAAGUUCGAAGAGUUUGAGCAAUUCAAACAGGCUUUCAAACUACGUUAUCAUCUCGAUCGUACACACUCUGAGGACAACAGCCCACUCAAAAGGGUAGCCACUCUUCUCGAAGACAUCAAGAAGUUCGACCCUGGCCUCGAAAAUGAUGACGACCUUAGUAUCAUGUCUCGCUAUAUUGAGCAAGCCAAGGAUGAUCGCACUGUCUCCGAAUCGAAGCUUCUGAAGUAUGAAGAGCAACUAUGGGGCAAGCUGAAGAAGCGCCUCAAUCGCUUCGAAGUCUCGUCGCUACAUAUAGACCUGAUGAAAGAGGUCAUGGACGCAGACAACCCAUCCACAUCAAUUGCGACCGAGCUGGACAAAACGACUAUCGACGACGAUUUCGAGGUAGUCGAGAACGAGCUUGACGAGGUCCUUGAAGAGUUCAAGAGAAACACACUCACCGCUAAAGAUACUGAUGUCGAAGCAAUUGAAGAGCAUCUCUCGAGCCUCUUCGAGACCGACAACAGCAAGCAAUUACUUGAAAAUCUGCGCAGAGAUAUCAAGCAAUACGGUGAUGCUAUGAUCGGCGAAGUGGACCAGGAGGUCCUGAUGUGGUGUAUCAUCGAUUUACUCAAGAACGAUCUGAUCAGUGCAGACAAAAAGAAAAUCCUCGAAGGCUACGCACAGUCUCCGUUGAUCAUGCGAGAGCUAGUGAUUACGCUCAACUUCAAGUCUGCUUGCCAUUGGAACUGGAAGAAUGCGGACAAAGGACUGCCAGUGACUGCUCGCCAAAACUCUGAGGGCCAGUAUUGCAUAACCGUCGAAGAAGACAUUCUCGACAUGCUGUUCCUACACACCAUUGCCAUUGGAUGGGCAACCGAGCUUAAGGAAUCGCUGAGAAUUUUCGCUCAACAGGGAGGCUUUAAAGGCAAUAACUAUCUUACCGAUCAUGAGAUGGAUAAACAAGCAUUCUUCCUGGAGAAACCAAGAACCUACAGAUGUCACUCGCAGGACUAUCCACCUCCACCGCCGCCAAUUUCAAUGCAAUAUAAUUCCCCAAAGAUGAUCGAAGUUUCGGGAAGAAAGCAAAAGAAGUGGUCCUCCCCCACGCCACCACCUCCACCGCCACCCAUGUUCUCGCCUCCGCCUCCUCCGCCUCCUCCGCCUCCCCUGCCCGUCUCACCGGCGUUCUACGGAAGUCUCAGCCAAGAGAGGUUUCGAAUUUACAUGGGAAACUUCUUCAUGUCCAGACUUCCUACGCGAGUUGGAUGCACCCCAAGUGUUCCGCAACCAGAAGAUAUUCAAGCCAAACUGAUCAAGUCACUAGCCGUCCAAGCCAAAAUUCAGGAAGCUUUUGACAGCAAAGCACAUGUUGCCGCUGUGAGCUUUGACAAGCUUGCGCCCUCACUUCCGCAUAAGACUGUUUUGACCGUUCUGAAAUUUCUCGGAGUUCCAGAAUCCUUCCUGAGCUUUUUUACCCGCUUUCUCGAAGCAAAGCUGAACUUCGGCCCUGCCAUGCGCGGCGCUCCAGAUCGUAUAGUUACUCGUACGCGUGGAGUACCUGCUGGUCACGGUAUGAGUCUGUUCUUUAGUGAAGCAGUGUUGUUCUUCAUUGAACUGGCUGUUCACGUGAAGACAGGCUCGUACUUGUAUCGUAUUGGGGACAAGUGCGAUUUCGUUGGGACACAGAGUCAGCGACACGGAGCUAUCGACGCAAUCUGUCAGUUUGUCGGUGUAAUGGGUCUGAAGCUUGACGAAAAACAUGCUACCGACGAGCUCUCCAUCGGCUUCUUGACCUUGAGACCACGAGGCGCACAAUCAGCUCCAUACUCAUCGUUCAAUGUCAUGACUUCCAAAGUCGAAACCUACGCGCACCGCACGAAAAAGCGACUCGCAGCCUGCAAAACCGUUUUGGAAUGGGUUCGUGUAUGGAACAGCUCUGUUGGAACGUACGCAGCCCAUCUCUUCGGUCCUCCCGCUGAAGUGUUUGGCCAAUCCCACAUUCAAGCAGUGAAGAAAGCAUACAACCAGAUGUACGACAUUAUCUUCGAAGGUGGUACUUUGACGGACCACGUCAAGACUUUGUUGAGUACACAUGUUGGCGUCAGUCUCGACAGCCCUUCAUUCGCCCUUGAUGCAAUCAUCUACCUACCUCAGGCAUGUGGUGGCCUCGGCGUCAAAAACCCCUUCAUCGCACUGAACCUCGCACACAAACUCAAAGACAACCCCGAUGAACCAUUCGAGAAGUACUUUGAGUCCGAAGAAACAUACUACGCCAGCGCAGCGAAAAGAUAUGCUGCAAUGAAGCCCGACGCCCGAGCGAAGAAGUUGACCGAGAUCUUCGACGGCGACCAGGAGGACAUGAAUGCGGCUUUCGGCCCUGGUUACGAUCUCUCCAUCUUCCCAAGCAAGGAUGAAAUCUUCGCAUGCCGUGAGCGUACUAAUUAUCCAGUCCUUCCCUCGCUCUAUCCUACCUACAAGCGCGUACCAAGCCCUUCGGUUGGUGUUCUUUACCAUGACCUUCUCCAGGAAUCCGUUCACCACAUUGAGUUAAGCUACAAAGUCAGCAUGGAAGUUGGCCGUCUCUCCGCAUAUGGCGACAUGAAGGGUUGGCGCAAAUUGAGUGGAGAGGACAAGUGGGUGCUGCAGAUGUAUGGCGACGAGUGCUUUGAGCGGUAUGACACGUUGGAGAUAUGGCAUGCGGAGAGUGUGCCCGUCGAGAUUCUCCAGGUAUUGACGGGUUGUUCGUGGGAUGACGACAAUGGCAAUGACGACAACUCGAGCAUUGAAAGCGAUAACUGAUGGGUGAGGGGAGCUUGCAUCUGCAGGCUUGGCUGGAUUGUAAAGGGAGGGCAAGUUGAUUCAAG